GCUGGUUGUGUUUCCUGACAAAACUUAUGUCACUAUGGUUGCUUGUCAUCCUGAGGGCAAACAUUUUAUGGCUUUGUCAUCUGGUGGUGAUGUUUAUUCAUGGGGCAAUGGGGAUGGAGGCAAACUUGGCCACGGAGAUCCAAAUACUUACAACACUCCUAAACUCAUCACAGCCUUGCAAGGAAAAGAAGUUGUGAAGAUCUCUUGUGGAAGUGCUCACAGUUGUGCUAUUAUGCGAGAUGGUUUACUUUACAGUUGGGGGAAAGGAACAUAUGGCCGUCUUGGACAUGGCACUUGCGAAGAUUGUAAUGUUCCAACUCCUUUGGAAGCUCUUCGAGGCAAGGUCAUUGUAGAUGUCGCUUGUGGAGGUGGUGAUGCUCAAACCCUGGCACUUCAAGACAAUGGUUGUGUUUUCUCUUGGGGUGAUGGAGAUUAUGGCAAGCUUGGUAGAGGUGGCAGUGAUGGAUGCAAAUCACCAAAGCAAGUUGAUCGAUUAGAUGGUGAAGGCAUCAUACAAGUUGCAUGUGGUACUCAGUUCUCUGCUGCACUAUCAUCUAAAGGCCACGUCUUCACAUGGGGCAAAGGUGAUGGACAAAGACUUGGCCAUGGCACAGAAGAGCAUGUACGCUAUCCAAAGAGAAUUGAAGGAGCUCUUCUCAAUAAGCAUGUGAUCAGCCUCUCUGUUGGCUGCAUGCAUUCAGCUGUUGUGGCAGAUGAUGGAGAGGUAUAUUGCUGGGGACGGAAUGAUCGAGGACAGCAGGGAGAUGGAAGCACUAACACGAAUGCUGUUCCAACUCUUGUGAGCAGUCUUCGUAGAGUCUCAACAAUGAAGGUUGCUUGUGGAGCUCACCAGACUUUUGUUUGGUCAACUUUAAGCUCUUGGCGUCAUGGAAUUCGAGCUCCAUUUUGCAUUGAUGUUCAGGCAUCCACAUAUCAUUACUUAGAUAUACUUCUGAAUCGAGUUUGUACGGGAUUGGAUACAUGGCAAGACUGGCGUCCUCCAAGACAGGAACAAGAAUGCAUGGCUGUAGCAGGAUUGAAUCUGCUGCGGUUACAGUUUCUUGCAGCAAUUAAAACUCAAACUGACUUGGAUGACUUAGGACUUGCUGUUGGCUCUCCACUUGUCAUCUCUCUGAAACAGCGUGUUGUCACAUUAGCAACAAAGUCUGGCGUGAUGUCAUCUGUACAAAAAGCUGCUCAGUCGUGUUUGAAUAGUGGUUGGCUAGUAGUUUUGCCAACUGCAGAGGAACGAGCCAAGACUCUUUCAGAACUUUUACCAAAAGAAGAGUCUGCUGAUGUAGCUCAAGUUCCAGCUGGAUGUCGAUUUAUGAUUGAAUUGCUUGUUAAUAGUUUAAUGACUGACGGUGGACUGGAAAUGGCAUUGGACAUGUCAAUUCAGGUAGAAGGAGAGUCAGGACUAAAGAUAUCUCCUUCUAUUACAACUGAUGGCACUGUUGUUCCAUUGAUGCAACUUGUUGAGCAGCUAUUGACUAGUUCAACAACAAAUGUGAUGGCCCAUAUUACAGAACUUUCACAAAGAUUUCAGUCUAAUCAGCCACAUACUUCUCGUACAAGGACUGAUUUGGCCUCUCUUGAUUUACUGCUUCAAUUCCAACGCUUGUUGUUUGGGAAACUAUUGACAUUUUCAGAUACUGGACAGCUUGCAUCAGAAUCACCACAACUUGAGUCUCACUUUAUAGAAGGAGCUUUGAUAUUGCUUCAGAAGUACACAAAACUGCUUUGUGCUAGUGUAUAUCAAGUAAUUGGAAAAGCAACACAGCUUGCCACUGAAGGUGCAGUGCAAUUUAUUGCUUCUGCACAGGCUCUUGAAGAUGGCUUGAUAGGUGUGCUUCUUCCUGAACUUGUACUAAGCAUGAUAUUGCUACAAUCAUACCAUCCAUCCAUUGCACAGAAGUCAGAGGCCAUCUGUUUGCUGAAGGAUUUGCUUGUACCUGUAAACGAAUUCAAUCGAUUAGCUCCUGGUUGUUUAAAGGAAGAUGAUGCUGAUGUGACAUGGUUUGAUACCAAGACCAACUGCAUGGAUGCUGAGAAUACAAGCCAUAGCGCUGAGGAUGGCAAUGAUGAUGUACCUGUAAUUCGAAAAGAUGAUUUGCAAAACCAUAAUAAAGAAGGUGGUUUGUGGAUUGUUAUCCAUGGUCGUGUGUACAAUGCUGAGCAGUUUAAAUCUGAUGCUCCAUGUGGGAAGGAAAAUUUGGAGAAGUUCUCUGCUGGUACUGAUGCCGGUGAGGAAUUUGAUAAAGCUGAACAUUCAGAGGUUGCUAAAGAAAGGCUGCAGUCACUUUUUGUAGGCAAUUACGUGAAGCCUGAUCAAGAAGUUGCUCGUGAAGAUGCUGAGAGUGUGUCAUUACAUCUUUUAGAUACAGGAAGAGCUCUUGGCCUUCUGCAAGGACUAAGGGCGUGUCAUCUUGUUCGAGGUUUGCCGUUAUCUUCUGAAGAAAAAGACAUGUCAGAAUGGUUAGAAGCAGAUCUUCUAAUUGGAGGCAUGGAGGCUCAUGUACUUGAUCGUGUUGAGUCAAACACAGAUAGCAAGAGACUACAGAGGCAAAUGUCCCACCAACAACAGUCAAGACGAUUUGUCUACACCAUUGCUAGUUCUAAUUAUGCAUCUGAUGCAAGAGUGGCUACCUUUUUACACAUUGUUAAUGUCUUUUGUCAGAGGAAUUGUUUGUUGAUGCCAAUUGCAUUCAACAGUGACCACCCUGUAGAACUGGCAGGCCGUGUUCUCAUUGCUACAUUAUUGAAGCAUUGUGACUUGGUGUCAACAGCACUUGAACUUGUUGAAGCUGGCAGUGUGAAGCUUACGCCAGAUAAUGAUGUUAGAAUGCCACCACCUAUCAUUGAGUUGUGCAGGAUUGUGCAUCAGGCAAAGCUGAAGCUCAUCCAGGAUCACCAAGGAUCUUCAAGAUCAUAUACAGCAAUUUGUACACCAAUGAUGGAGCGUUGCUUUUUUUUGUUAUAUGAAAUUGGACCUGCAAUGACAAAUGCUAUGUCAGUGCUUAACCGAAGACGAAUUGUUAAGACCCCUUCAAAAUGGAAAACAGCUAUUCAAAUGGUGAUUGAUGAAAUAAAGUUUAAAUCUAGUCUUCAUAGGCAUCAGUUGCAGUCUACUAAAGUCAAUUUGGCAGUGCCGCGAAACUAUCAAAGGCAACUGAGCAGUGGUGACAGCAAUAUGGAGACUUGGGGCUCUUCUUUCUCAAAGGCUACCGCUAGCAGGUUCAAAUGGCUACGUCAGCGAGCAACAGGAUCUGCAUAUUCUAGUUUACUGGGGAAAAUUUUAGAGUUUUGUAUUAAAGAUGAGCCUAUCAAUCUGGCAGUUCUUCGAUCAUGUUUACAAAGACAGGUGGAACGUGCAAUGUGUCGAUUGAAUGGUACUAAGUAUUUUCAUGAGCUAUUGCAGCUUCAUGAUCUACUUCCCAGUGUUCAGUUGACUGUGUUAAGUGGCUGGCAAGGAGUUGUGCCACUGACUGGCAUGCCAAGCUCAGCUUUGCCACACUUUCUUUCAAAUGUUGAGCUCAUACCACCUCAAGAGCGGUUGCUGUUGGAGCUGGAAUUUAAAAGCAUCAAUGAAUGGACUAUUAGAAAACUUAAGACUAUUGUUAUCGUUGCUGAUAGUGAAAUAUCUCAUGGUGGUGCUAAAGAGUUGUCAACUUUGGCUUCCAAGCAGUAUUCACGGAUGCUGGUUUUGUUGUUGAGUAUGCUAACAAGUGAACAUCAGAACGUAAUCUUGGCUCACCUUGUGGGAUCUGGUCUUGUUGGUUUGCUUCAAACAGUAAUUCGACUGACAGGGUCUUUACUACCUGUUGAAGAUCACAACUCUGUGAUUAAAGAAACUGUUGCAGCAAGUGUUUCAGAGUCAUUCUUGCCAAAUGUUUCUACUCAUACCGAAGAGGCUGCUAGUGGUGCAGAUUUUGUACAAUUAAUGACUAGUGGAACAAGAGUGAUUAGGGGAACAGACUGGAAGUGGGAUGAUCAGGAUGGUCCUCCUCCAAGUGAGGGAACUGUUGUUGACAACAUCGGUCCUGAUGGAUGGGUUCGAGUGAGGUGGGACACAGGUGUUACCAAUUCAUACAGAAUGGGCAAAGAAGGAAAGUACGAUUUGACAUUAGCACCGAAACGUAGUGUAUCUGCUAACCAUAUGUCAGCUGAAGUUGGUGAGCAUGGAGUAGCUGAUGAGAAUUCUAUGUCUGUCAGUAAACCAGACAAACUUAUUCAAGAUGGGGCAACUUGUCUUUUGCGCUCUCUUGCCAUUGCUGUGGGGCUAAACUCUGACUUUUUGGCCAACAGCACUAUUCAAAAAAUAUGCAGCUUGUUGAAGAUGCUAGUGUCAACGGCAAGAGGAGUUACUGAUGCUGAUGCAGUUAGAAAUCCCAGUUCAGUUGUAAACAAGCAGCAACGUCAGAACUGGGCUACUUUAGGGUUUGUACGUGGAAUUGCUGUCUCGGAUAGCAUUUGUCGCAAAUUAGGUUCUACACAAUGGAUUGAAUUGCUUUUGGGCAUUGUGGCGGGUCAGUUACCUUUCUUUAGUGGCUCUCAAAUAGAGCAGUUUAUACCUGACCUUGAGCAACAAGUACAAGCUCUUUGUUUGUUACGUACUGUGCUACCUGUACUGGAUGUAUCUGUGUCAGAAACUAAUCUUGUUGAGCGUUUAUUUUCUCUGUUGGGAGAGGUUCUUCUUCAAUGUCCAUUGAUUGACAGCAGUGCUGACAUUUGUACUGGAAGCACAUCAAAACACAACAAACAUGCAGUUUAUGUUCCAAUGACAGCAUCACCAAGCAGCACAGUAGCAGAGGAGUUGGUUGCAUUAAUACGCAAACUUCAUUGUGUUGAAGCGUGGCGUCCUUUUAUAAAUACAUACAUAACAAGUCAGUUAAAGGCAGUUGCAAAUGUAAUUUCAGCUGCAAGUGGAACAGACAGUCAAGUUCCUUCAAAAAAGCAAGCUGCUGUAUUAGCUGCUUUGUCAGUCAUUGGUGGAGUUGAUGGAAGAGCUCGUUUAGGCGGGCCAGUAGAACAUGAAGAAUUUGGCGUGGGUACAGUAGCUAAGAUUACUUCCAGUGACCAACUGACAAUUUAUUUUGAAGGGCAGAAAGAACCUAAGAUGUGUUCCCUGUCUCAUGUGAAACCUGUGGAUGGGCAGCAGUUUUCUAUCCAAUUGCUUUUGUCAAACUCUCAAGCUGCUGACAUUUGGAUAGACUUGAUUACGCAGUCUACUGGUGAUAUGAAAAUGACAGUUACUUCUAGUUCACUUUCAAACGUGAAUGUUCCAAGUGAAACCUGUGGAGGAACAGUUGCCAAUGUGAAUGUUUAUCUUCUCAGACAACAACAGACGUUUCUUUUGCUGCUAAAGGCUUCCAGAGUCCUCUUGAGUCGACAAGAUAGUUUGAGGUGGGUCCUUUCACAUCGUACUGAAAACAGGAGCCUUUUUCAAAAAGUGCUUCAUGCUGCUACUUUGCCUUCUCCUGUGAAAGCAGUCUUUAGUCGAGAUGAGGUAGAAGCUGCAGUUAUUACUUGUGUGCAACAUUUGGUUGCAGCAACUUCUCCUACACCACAAAGAUUAGUUGUGUCAAAGUCUGCACAGCAAACUAAAUUGAAGAAACCUCAGAAACCAAAAGAAGUUGUUGAACUACCUCCACCAUCUCAGUUGGUUUCUCAGAUAAUGGAUAUGGGAUUUCUUCAAAGAAAUGUUGAGUAUGCUAUUGAUUGUCUUGGUGGUGCGGACAAUGCUGAAACAGUUAUCUUGUGGCUUUUGGAGCAUCCGGAUGUUUCUCCACCAGUGCAAGAGGCAUCACAAGAAUCAGAAGACAGUGAUUCUGAUUUUUUUCAGUUACCUUGUUUAAGUGAUGAUGAACUGGAAAAUGACGAUGGUCCAGCUACGAAGUAUAAAACCCGAAAAGAUUUUCUUACAACGGAGGAGUAUGCUCGCUAUGUUCGAGACACUAUCAUGGUGGGCAUGACUGUUCGGUGCAGAGAAUCCUAUGAAGAGGUUGUGGAAGGAGACUUUGGUCGGGUUGUGAAGUUAGAUAACGAUGGACUUCAUGAUCUGAACGUUCAAGCUGAUUGGCAAAAGAAAGGCGGCUAUUAUUGGGUGCGAUAUUCUCAUAUUGAAAUGGAAGGGUUUCCUUCAAAGACUGAAGCACAGGCGAUGACAUGUACUGGAGGAAAGCUGAAGAUUGGUUCCCGUGUACGCGUGAAGCCCGAUGUUAGAACUCCAAAAUACAAAUGGGGCAGCGUCACACCAUCCAGUAUUGGUCUUGUGUCUCAGUUCUGUAGCAACGGUCUGGAUGUUAAAAUAAACUUCUCGGAACAGGCAAACUGGACAGCCGUAAUUUCUGAAUUGGAAAUUGUUCCCGCCAUUCAUGAAAAUACAUCCUGUGAUUGCUGCAAGGUAUCUCCUAUUAGCGGCGUUCGGUUCCGCUGCACGGAAUGUUCCAACUAUGAUUUGUGCCAGAAUUGUUUCCAAAAGCCAGCCAACGCGUCGCACAAACAUAAUUUUGUAGCUAUUGAAGAACCCACUGCUUCUUCUAAGGUGGCUGGUAAAGCGGGCCGACGACGUCACGGAAGAAAGAAACUUCCACAUGGCACGGUACUGCGCGAGUGGAGCAAGUGUGUCAAAUCCCUUACGGUAUCAUCUCGUGAAGGACAAGCAUCGCGACUACUGGACAAUGAUCCUUCUACAUAUUGGCAGUCGUCUGGAAGUCAGGGAAAGCACUGGAUUCGCUUGGAGUUAUUUUCGGAUAUUCUUGUGCAAGAAUUGACGAUGCAAGUUGACCCUGCUGACAGUAGCUACCAGCCCUCUAUGGUAACUGUUGCUGUUGGUCACACACUUGCAGAAAUAAAGGAACUGCAAACUGUCCACAUUUCACCAUCUGACACUAAAGUUGUGCUGGUUCAGAACCUGACUAACGAACAGCGCUUUCUCCAAAUCAACAUUAAAGCCUGCAAGAGUGGAGGUAUCGAUUGUAAGGUACGCAACUUGAACAUUACUUGUCUUGUGAAAGCAGAUGAAGAGGAACUAGCUACGACGUUUCAAUACUUGGCUGUCGAAGAGCGCGCUUUUGACGAAGAGGCUUCAACAGUAGAUGCCAAAGGAAAGCGAAGUGGACCGUCAUCGAGAGAUGAAUUAGGGCAGUCGAGGAGACGAGAUCGGCGUUUGGCAGGGGAGAGAGUAACGGUGUUCGUGUGGGGUUUGAACGAUAAAGAUCAGUUGGGUGGUUUACGAGGAUCUAAAAUUAGAAGUCCGACUCUUUCCGAUGUUCUCAGCCGCCUUAACAUAGUUCAAGUCGCAGGAGGUUCGAAAUGUCUCAUAGCCGUUAGUCGUGAUGGUAAAGUGUAUUGCUGUGGAGAAAACGUGAACGGUCGGUUGGGCUUAUCACAUUCUAACAACGUACACACAGUACAGCAAGUUCAGUCACUUAGUCAGUUUGUUGUGAAAAAGGUUGCUAUUCAUUCAAGCGGUCGACAUGCUCUUGCUUUGACUGCCGAUGGCAAAGUCUUUUCUUGGGGUGAAGGCGACGAUGGAAAGCUUGGUCACGGGAAUAGAACAACUUUAGAGACUCCCAGUUUGAUAGAGGCUUUGAAGGCGAAGCGAGUAAGAGACAUCGCUUGCGGUAGUUCGCAUAGUGCAGCCAUUACGUCCAGUGGAGAAUUGUACACUUGGGGCUUGGGAGAGUAUGGUCGACUAGGGCAUGGAGAUACGACUACACAGACAAGACCAAAACAGGUGAAGGGUUUCGUGGGAUAUCGUGUGACUCAGGUGGCUUGUGGAAGUCGUGACGCCCAGACGUUAGCUAUCACAGACGAUGGAAGUGUGUGGUCGUGGGGUGAUGGUGAUUUUGGCAAGCUUGGCCGUGGCGGUAGUGAAGGCGCUCUCCAGCCAGAGAAGAUAGACACAUUGAGCAGUCAAAGUAUUUGCCAAGUCGAAUGUGGCGCUCAGUUUUCACUGGCGUUGUCGAGGGACGGAGUUGUCUACACAUGGGGUAAAGGAGAUUUCUAUCGACUUGGUCAUGGUACGGACGCGCAUGCAAGGAAGCCCCAGGCGAUAGAGUCUCUAAGAGGGAAAAAGAUAGUGCACAUUGCUGUUGGUGCACUUCAUUGCGUGGCAGUUAGUGACGAGGGAAAGGUCUACUCGUGGGGAGACAACGAUCACGGACAACUGGGAUCCGGGUCGACUUCGGUCGGCAGAAUGCCUUCUGGCGUUUCUGUUUUGGAUGGCUUUAAGAUAUCUCGCGUAGCAUGCGGUUCGUCUCACACGUUCGCUUGGACUACACCGAUCGAGACCGUGCCUUCAGUUGAACAUCAAAUCGUUAUGUACCCGUCGACUUCCGAUCCCAUCGGCACUGCCGCUGUCUUGCAUAUGUCUGACUUUGACGGUGACGGUGAGGCAUUGUCACCAUUCGACAUUGUCUUGAAACAUCGACCAACGCUGAGCAAAAUAAUUUUUUCAUUGCCCGACAACUCGAGGAGACAAGAGGCUAUUCAUACGUUGCUACAGGCGCUGCAGAUCUCGUAUGCUCGUGAUGCUGUUGUUUCAGCUUUGGCGAGUGAUAUUCCCAUUCCGCUGGGGGCUGCCGGAGCUACGGACAGCGGUUUGGUUGCAUCGAUGAGUGCUAAGCAACAUGCACUUGUAGAUAUACAGUCUGCAGGAAAGGAGGCAGUAACAUUGGUUGGCAACGAUGUUUGGGUGGAUGACGACCUCGCUGUUGGCAAAGAGCACAACUCGGCCUCUCAUCCGGACAGUGUGCCUGAGUUCAUGCAACGUUUGACGGAAGGCGACGCUCGACUGUUAUUAGAUUUGCUGAAAUUGGCCGUUGGAGGUCGCGUCAAUGAAACGGGUCGCGUAGCUCUUUCUCACACUCUCAAGAUGUUGGGAAAAACAAGGCUUGAAGUUGCGGAGAUGUUGCUGGAGCUUUGCGUUACAGAACUAGAAGACGUUGCUGCGUUUACCGAUGCUUCUCCGUUUGCUGCUCAACCUGUGGAACAAGAGUCUCCCCAUCCGUACGCUGACAACUGUUCUCUUACCGGGAUAGUUCGAAUACCGAGAGCUGAGAGUCUCCGAGUCGAGUUCGAUCGGCAGUGCAGUACGGAACGACGCCACGAUCCGCUCGUUAUUGCUGACGCUUUUGGUCACGUGCAGGCUACCCGGUCUGGACGAGAAUGGUCGGAUUGGGCGAGUGAGCUGAUAAUUCAGGGCGAUGAGUUGCGAUGGCGCUUUUCAAGUGAUAAUUCUGUGAACGGCUGGGGGUGGAAGUUUACCGUCUAUCCAGUUAGAGCAACUAAGGCUACUUUGGACACUCUUCCUGAUCGCGUUAUUCAGUCGAGACCGUCGAUAGAUUUGGUGUCUUGUCUUCUUGACUUCCGCCUGGAGUCGAGUUCUCAGUUUGAUGUUGUGCCUCGGUUGGCUACUGCUUUAGGGGCUUGUGCGAGGCUAAGCGGCUUAGAACCAUCGCAGAGGCUGUGGGCAUUGCGGCGUCUGAGAAAGCUGAUUUGGGAAAGCGACGCGAACGUAAACUUGGAAUCUGCUCUUAAGGACGACGCAUCAGUCGGGGAAUCUAGCCCUUUGACAGUGGCACUAAGCUCACUCAUUAAAGGUUUGCCCAACAUGUUAGCGACACAAUACGAGUAUGAAGAGGCUUUGAUAAGGCAAGGUACACAGUUGGUUCAUACGUCGUUUUUCAAGGGAAUGAUUGCGUUCGCGGCGGAUCUCAGACUAGAUACGUUGUCUGCGUGUCAAGACAAAGCCAAGUGGAACUGGUUGAAACGAUACAUUGCCUCGUUUCGUAUUGCUUCCAGCAUCAGCAGACGCUCGACUUUGCCAAAGGAAUUUGUGGAAGAGGUGCGGAUGAAAUUACAAGGAUUAAUGGCUUUAGGAGAAUUGCCCAAUUGUGAUCACGAAGAUCACCGUUUAUUCAAGAAAGAACACGAUGAGCAACUCAUGGCUUGGCUGCAACGCAAGUCCGACGACUGGACGCUUACAAGAGCUGGCAGUUCUGUGCUCUAUGGAUGGGGUCACAAUCAUCGUGGUCAGUUGGGUGGCGUGGACGGUUCCAAGGUGAAGCGACCAACUGUGCUAGAAAACAUUGCUGCCCUUCGUCCUGUGCAAAUACUUGGAGGGGAACAGACGUUGUUCGUUGUCACUUGCGAUGGAAAGGUCUACUCAACCGGUUAUGGAGCAUAUGGCAGAUUAGGAAUCGGUGGAACAGAUGCGGUUACCUCUCCUCGUCUCAUCGAUGCGCUUUCAGUAGUUGUCGUAAAGAAAGUAGCCUUGCACUCUUGCGGUAAACAUUGUCUCGCACUGAGUUCUACCGGCGACGUUUAUUCCUGGGGUGAGGGAGAUGACGGCAAACUAGGACAUGCAAAUCGAACUAAUUGUGAACGCCCUCGACUGAUUACUGCUCUCCAAGGUAAACAAGUUACUGACAUCGCUUGUGGCGGCGCACAUAGCGCUUGCAUUACGAAGAGUGGGGAGCUGUAUACUUGGGGUAAGGGGCGCUACGGACGGUUGGGUCACGGAAAUAGUGACGAUCAAACGACGCCGAAACUCGUUCAGGCUUUUCAUGGAUUGUCGGUUGUGUGUGUGGCGUGCGGUAGUGGCGACUCGCAGACUCUAGCUGUGACUAGCGAUGGACAAGUUUGGUCGUGGGGAGACGGCGACUACGGUAAGCUUGGUCGAGGUGGCAGCGACGGAUGCAAAGUACCAAAGGCCGUUCCGGAUCUGGACAAGAAAGGAGUGAGGAAGGUCGAAUGCGGUUCACAGUUUUCGGUAGCAUUAACCGAUUCAGGAGAGGUGUUUACUUGGGGUAAAGGAGAUUAUCACCGUUUAGGACACGGAACCGAUGUCCACCAGCGACGUCCAAAGCUACUCGAAGCACUGAAAGGGAAAUAUGUGACGGACAUCGCCACGGGCUCUCUGCACUGCUGCUGUUGUACUAUUGACGGAGAAGUUUAUGCUUGGGGAGACAACGACGAAGGGCAGCUUGGAGACAAUUCUACCGACGGUAGUUAUAAACCUAAACUUGUAUCUGCUCUCGGAGGUAAACUCAUUGAUAGAGUUGCUUGCGGAUCAGCACACACCAUUGCGUGGUCAACAACUCAACCGUCCAGUGCUUGCCGCUUGCCCAAAGAGGUACCAAUGGAGUACAACCAUUUGAGAGAGAUUGAUGUCAAAGUGUUGAGAAAUAGACUGGUGUUGCUGAAUUGUUUCAGUGACUUCGUGUCUUCUUGUAUUGGCAUGUUUGGUCUUGAGAAACAGAACACGGCCUUAGCCGUUGGAUCUGAAGUUACAUUUGAUGGUUUGCGAGGUCUCAUUUCGUCCUCGGUUAAGGAAGCUGUUUUCAAAAAAGUGAUACAAAACACAAUGGCACGUGAUCGUCAGCACGGUCCUGUUAUCGAAGUGAAUCGGUUACAGGUCAAACGGUCACGCCCAAAAGCAAGUCUCAGCGGAUCAGAAGGAGCGAGGUCGGUAUUUGGUCAGAUAUGUUCGAGAAUGGUUACAGCCGGGCGAGAUAGUCUAUUCCUAGCACAACGCGUAUGGAAGGUAAAAUUCGUCGGUGAGAGUGUCGACGAUUGUGGUGGUGGUUACUCCGAAUCUAUUUCCGAAAUGUGUGACGAACUGCACAGCGGUUGCGUCCCUCUGCUGAUUCCCACUCCGAAUGGGCGUGAAGAAACGGGCGUUAAUCAGGACUGCUAUAUUUUAAAUCCACAGGCCCAUUCUCCCCAGCACAUCAACAUGUUCCGCUUCUUGGGUAUGCUGUGUGGUAUCGCCAUUCGUACUGGUCAACCUCUCAGUAUCCGUCUGGCACCACCCGUUUGGAAGCAGCUAACUGGUAUGGUACUGACUAUUGAAGAUGUGGUCGAAGUUGAUAAAGAAUUGGUUCCGAGCCUUGUCUAUAUAAGCAAGAGCUCCGAAGAUGACCUCGAAUCACUGGAUCUUCCGUUUACUAUACCAAGUGCUACAGGCCAGGAGGUACAGUUGUCUACCAAAUACACUAAGGUGACGCCUAACAAUCGAGACGAAUACGUCCAGAUGGCACUGCGCUACCGCUACCACGAGUUUGACGCUCAAGUUGCUGCUGUGAGGGAAGGAAUGGCCAAAGUAGUUCCCGUCCCUUUGUUGUCUUUGUUCGUCGGUGCCGAAUUGGAAAUGAUGGUUUGCGGCAAUCCUGAAAUCAACGUCGACGUGCUCAAAUCUAUCGCUACGUAUAAAGGACUGUCACCGUCGUCUGACUUGGUCAAAUGGUUUUGGACGACUUUAGAAGGUUUUAGUGUCAUCGAACGAUCGUUGUUUUUGCGUUUCGUAUGGGGACGAACGCGCUUACCUCACACUGUAGCUGAUUUUAGAGGGCGAGAUUUUGUUGUACAGGUGAUGGAAAAAAGAGGUCGACCCGACCAAUACUUGCCAGAGGCAUAUACAUGUUUUUUCUUGCUAAAGUUGCCGAGAUAUUCGUCACAAGAAGUGUUAAUUGAGAAGCUCAAGUAUGCCAUCUAUUUUUGCAAGUCUAUUGACACCGAUGACUACGCCAGAGUACAAUUCUCGGCAGACAGUGAAUUGGAGUUUCACGACUUCGACGAGGACACCGACUUUGAGUGAUUCGAUCUGUGUGUGUUAUUCGUUUAUAUUGUUGUUACAUUCGUUAAGCUGCUGCUGUUUCCUUGCUGCGUGUUGUUUGGUAGGCUUGUUAGUGGACAAAUUGUUAUUACUCUAACUACUGCAUGAAGUCUUUUCGCAGAUACGUGUUUGCAAACUAUUUUAUAUCAGCGGUCAUAGUGCUUGCGAGCUAUGUAUGUACGUAGAAAGAAA